CAUCAAAUUUUUUGUUGUAAUUUUGUUGUUAUUUUUGGGUCCUGACUACUAUCAGCAGAGCAAGCUAUCGGCGUUGGGGAUGGACCAUCGUCCCUUGCUCUUGCUGUCGCUGUCCCUGAUCCUGAUCCUAGAAAUGGAGACCGCCACGUGUCAGACGGAAGUGUCUCUUAAUGUGUCCAGUGUAUCGUCAUCGUCGUCCUUUUACAUCCAGCCAAAGGUGGUUGGAGGCUAUGCGGUGACCAUUAAUCAGGUGCCCUAUCAGGUAUCCAUACGGCGGCGUUCCAUCCACGAGAAACAGUACGGUAUGGGACAUGUAUGCGGCGGAACGAUCAUUUCCCAGCGGGUUGUCUGCUCGGCAGCUCAUUGUUUUGCCAUAAAUUCAACUGGUUUACCGCUGGAGUACCGCGAACCGGAACUGUUUGUCGUGGUGGCCGGGAGUAGUGCCAUCGAUCAGACGGACCGCUUCACCACGGAGUAUCUGGUGCGACGGAUUGUGGGUCACAAGCAGUACAAUUCCAGCACCUUGGAGAACGAUAUCGCUCUGCUCUUCAUCGACGGAUAUAUACCCUGGGAUUCGCCGGGAGCCCGAGCUCUGGAACUUGCUACCGAAUCGCCCGUCGAGGGCACCAUCUGCCUCAUUCACGGCUGGGGCAAGAUCAAUGCGAACGAUAAAUCCUCUACGCUACAACAAGCCCCCGUGCCCAUCUUGAGGAAGAGCCUCUGCAAUAUUAUCUACAAGCUGCCGGAGUCGCAGUUGUGUGCCGGAUUCCUGCAGGGCGGUAUCGAUGCCUGCCAGGGUGACUCUGGAGGACCGCUCGUCUGCUCUGGCCGGCUAGCCGGAAUCAUCUCGUGGGGCGUCGGUUGUGCGGAUCCCGGCUAUCCGGGUGUUUAUACGAAUGUCACACAUUUUCUUGACUGGAUCCGUAUCGCCAAUUCCUCACUGGACUACUCCGAUUACGGGGAUCGGUCCAUUCAUAACUGUGGAACCUGUUUCUGGACAUGUCCUGCCUUCUGGUUGCUGGUGACCAGCCUAACGAUCCUGUGGAAACUAUUCAAUGGCCUGUAG